AUGGAUCCUGGGUACACAUCAUGUAAUGAAGACAGCCAACGAUUCAAUGAUCCGACACUAUAUCGCAGCCUCGUAGGUGCGUUGUUGUACUUAGCCGUCAACGCUCGACCUAAUCUUUCCUUGAGUGUCGGAAUGCUUUGGAGGAAAGUAAGCGAACCUAACCAUAUGGAUUGGGGUGCAGCAAAGCGCGUGCUGCAAUAUCUAAGUGUUACGAAAGAUUGGCGACUGAAAUUCGGACCAGAUGAAGGAUGGUGCCUAAGAUGUUUCUCUGAUUCGGACUGGGCCGGAGAACGUCGAACGAGAAGAUCAACUACAGGGUUCAUCUUUUUCUAUGGAAGUGGUCCAAUAAGCAGGAUCAGUAAGGGUCAAAGUUCCGUGGCUCUUUCGUCUCUUGAGGCAGAGUAUAAUGCUCUAUCGCUAGCUUGUCAGGAAACCGUUUGGUUGAGGCGAUUAUUAACCGAACUAGGAGAACCCGAAGAAAAGGCUACAAUCAUCUAUGAAGACAACCAAGGGUGUCUCAGUUUCGCGACGUCGGAGAGGACCAGUGGUCGUGUCAAGCACAUAGACACAAAGAGGCAUUACGUGCGAGAGUUGGUUGAACAGAAGGUUAUUAAGCUAGUGUAUCGUCCAACCAACGAAAUGGUCGCCGAUGCGUUAACGAAGCCAUUGGGACCUACAGAAGUACAAAAAUUUGUCAAUCAAGUUGGAUUAAAACUUUAG